CAAAACCCUGACGUUCGGUCUAUUGUUUUGCAGCAGUGCGACGUAGCCGCGACGUACUUGACAGCUGCAAUCCGAUUGGCUGCUGCGGUUUGAAGCCUUGGAGAUGAUGUUCACGGCUACCUGACUGUAUUUGUGCUCUAAUCGAGAUCUGAAGCUGAUGUGAAUAUGGAUGCAGAAGGCAAAGGCUGUUUCAAAACUACAAGACAUUAAUGAACGGGACACGGGAACGGCUGAGCCCCGUACUGCGAGAUGUGACAGGAUGCUGAACCAUCACUGCAGAAGGAACCCGGAGUUACAGGAGGAGCUGCAGAUCCAGGCGGCGGUGGCGGCCGGCGAUGUCUACACCGUCCGCAAGAUGCUGGAGCAGGGCUACUCGCCCAAGAUCAGGGACGCCAACGGCUGGACGCUGCUGCACUUCUCUGCGGCAAAGGGAAAGGAGCGCUGCGUGCGCGUCUUCCUCGAACACGGAGCGGAUCCCACGGUGAAGGACUUCAUCGGAGGCUUCACCGCUCUGCAUUACGCCGCCAUGCACGGCCGCGCCCGCAUCGCCCGCCUCAUGCUGGAGUCCGAGUACCGCAGCGACAUCAUCAACGCCAAGAGCAACGACGGCUGGACGCCUCUGCACGUGGCGGCCCACUACGGCCGAGACUCCUUCGUGCGCCUCCUCUUGGAGUUCAAAGCCGAGGUGGACCCGCUCAGCGACAAAGGCACCACGCCGCUGCAGCUGGCCAUCAUCCGCGAGCGCUCCAGCUGCGUGCGCAUCCUGCUCGACCACAGCGCCAACAUAGACAUCCAGAACGGCUUCCUGCUGCGCUACGCCGUCAUCAAGGGCAACCACUCGUACUGCCGCAUGUUCCUGCAGCGCGGGGCCGACACCAACCUGGGCCGGCUGGAGGACGGCCAGACGCCGCUGCACCUGUCGGCCCUCAGAGACGAUGUGCUGUGCGCGCAGAUGCUGUACGCUUACGGGGCCGACACGAACACCAGGAACUACGAGGGCCAGACGCCCGUGGCUGUUUCCGUCAGCAUGUCUGGCAUCAGUCGGCCCUGUCUGGACUUCCUGCAGGAGGUCACAAGGCAGCCCAGGACUUUGCAGGAUCUGUGCAGGAUAAAGAUCCGGCAGUGCAUCGGCCUGCAGAGCCUGAAGUUUCUGGAAGAUCUGCCCAUUGCCAAGGUCAUGAAGGACUACCUAAAACACAAGUUCGACAGCGUUUGACGGCAGCCGACCGACUGCUUUCUUUAGGUUCCCCUAAGACUCUAUGCAAACUCUCUUUUUUUGAUUUCUACUCAACCUCUGGGAGCAGGUGCAGCGUUUUGUACGAGCGGAGGGAAAUGACGACUGUGGAUCGGGAGCACUGUAAAAGGCCAUGUUGAUUCGUUCACUGAAGGUGUCUGGAAGAAAUUCCUGACCCGCGAGGGAAGAAAAAACGUGUUUGAUUUGUACCAAAUAUCUUUUGUCGCUCUUAAAUCAACAAGGCCUUUGUAAGUAUUAGCCUUUUUCUUUUUCUUUUUUCUAUCGGCUACAUUCUCAGACGAGGAAAAGAUAAAAGCUAAGCUAUCCAGAGAAACUGGCAAACGUUCAGGUCAAAGUCAUAAAAAAUGCAUGCACUAUUGUUAGAAAUAAUUCCCGAUUUCUCUUUUUUUUUUUGUUUUUUUUGGAUCGCAUCAAGUUAAUAGAUUCCGAUUUGUUUGUAUUUGCAAACAAAUUGUACCAAAAAAACACUUUUUCCGUGCAAGCAUUCUUUUUCUCCCUGA